GCAUUUUUUAUUGUUCAAAUAACUUUUUUUUUAUCUAAGUACUGUACAAUUGUUACUUGAGUAAAACUUGUAUACAAGAUUGCAGAAAACUUUGAAUAGAUUAUGUACUAUGGAUAGAGUGAUGUUUGAAUUUAAAUUAACAAAAACAAAAAAAAAGUUUUAUGCCUGCCUGGAUCAAAUUGAUUAUUUAAGAGGUGCAGUUUUUAAUUAAAAUUACAAAACCAUCACAAAAAAAAUAAAAAAGGAUUUCCAAUCAGCAUCAAGGUAGCAGUAAGGCGUGCAUUGAUAAAGUGAAUUUGAUGUCGCAGAAGUACAAAUUUAAAGUUCUGUGAGAUUGUUGCAUUAUCUGAAGCACCUAAAAAAGAUCACCGUAAAACUGACCUUUAGCUAAGGUUACAAAUCUUAGUGAUGUGACUAGUUAGUUAGUUACAAUUAAUUGCAAUAUUGGUUGAUGGACAAAAAAUAAAAGUUUAAAGUUUUUGCAAAUCAAAUUUUGCAAAAAAGAUUAUAACCAUACAAUAAACACUGAUAAUCAAAGAAGAAACAACCAAAAUUAAAAAAAAAAAAAAGUUAGGUUCAAAAUGACCAAUUAUUUCUGGCAAGCUUUGCAAAGGUAAAAGAAAAGUUACAUUAAAAAUCAAGAAUGUUUGUAUAAGAUUGGUGCUGAUUGGUUCAAAGGAUUUGGUGUUAAUAAUGGUUUUUUAUGUUUAAAAUUUUCAGGGUAUUUCAAUUUUUUAGAUCUUGACUCAAUCAUAGAUAUUGGUUGUGGCUCCAAGCAAUAAGCUAUGGAAUAUUAGUUUUGCUAAUCAACCCAAAGUUUUAAAAAAGUUGGCUUCUUAUGUGGUAUUAACAAUGCACAAUGAAAGCACUAACAACAACAAACUUCUACAGAGUUUAGGAAAACUUACUACCACCUGGCUGCAGAACCAAACUUAAGUUUUAGAGCUGUAAGUUAAUUAGAUGAUACUAGAUGAUCAUUAUCCUAGGCAGGAAGAAGUUUCAGUUCUAAAUCUAGAUUAAAUCCAACGUUCAUCAUCUUAUAUUCUUAAUAAAAAUAAUAAGUUUUACAUGCUAAAAAUUAAUAAUAAUAAAUAAACUAUUUUACCAUGUAUAUCUGAACUUGAAUUGUUUUUCUUAUUUGUCAAAAAACCAACUAGUAAUAAACUAUAAAGUAUUACAAAAGUUGCAUGGCAGUAACAUGACUUAAUAAAAGCCAUAGCAAUAAAGUAAAAUACGCAAUACUAACUUAGAUUGCUAUUGUAACACUAGAGCUGUACAUUCAUUACAUGAUAGCCGAUGAUCAUUGUCUAAGGAAAAAGAUCAAGUUCUAAAUUUAGAUCAAAAUCCAACAUUCAUAUUUCUCUGCAGGAAAAAAUAUAUUAACACCAAAGGCAGCUUAUUAGAUGAAGUAUGAGUGAUAUGCUGAUCUACAAUAUUAAUCUAAUAAUAAUAAUAACUCUGAUAACCAGAUUAAUAAUAAGAUAAUCUGGUUAUCAGGGUGACCUAAUGUCUUGAUGCUGUUUAAAUUUGCCAUAAGAUAAGUAUUUUUAUUGAAAUAACAUUUCAAUAAUAGUCUCUGAUAAUAUUUUACUACGUGCCAAUACUCAAACCCCCAAUCCAAAUACGUUCAUAUACUCAUACCCAAACUCCUAAUCCAGUAAUUAUGCAGAUUACUAUAAAUCAGCACCAGAUGAAUGGGAAAUUUUCCCAGAAAGUUUAGUUUUUGAUAAGAAAAUUGGAGAAGGUGCUUUUGGAAAUGUCUUUACAGCAAAAAUCAAUGCAAAAAAUCUUUCUAAAACAAUGUUUGCUAAACAAUCUGAAUUUGUUUCACAUGAUGUCAAAAAUGAUUUAACUGUUGCUGUAAAAUUAUUAAAAGAUGGUGCAAAUCAUUCAGAAUUUGAAGACUUUCGUGAAGAAAUUGAUCUAAUGAAAAAAAUUGGAUAUCAUAAAUGCAUUGUCAACAUGAUUGGUUGUUCUAGAGUCAAAAGACCAUUGUGUUUAGUUCUUGAGUACAUGGAAAACGGAGAUUUGUUGCAUUUCUUAAAAAGCAGACGCACAAAACUCAGAACUACAGAGGAAACUAAAAGUUUUAUGUACACAGAAAAUCCUCAACAUCAUGAGGUGACAAAAAUGGCACAAAAUGAAGUUUUGUCAUUAGAAGUAAUAACCCCUAAGAAUUUGCUUAGAUUUGCAUGGCAAAUAUCAUCGGGAAUGGAGUACAUUACAAGUAUUAACCUAGUUCAUCGUGAUCUAGCUGCUAGAAAUAUCUUAGUUGGUGCUUCAAAAGAUGUAAAAAUAUCAGAUUUUGGAUUGACACGUCAACUUAAUGAAAAAUUAGUUUAUGAAAGUUUUAAAAGUCGUCGUUUACCAGUCAAGUGGAUGGCAGUGGAAUCAUUAUUUGAUUUUAACUUUACAUCACACAGUGAUGUGUGGUCGUAUGGAGUUGUUUUGUUUGAAAUUGUUACGCUGGGAGGAUCACCUUAUCCUACAAUAAAUAAUCGUGAACUACUAAAACUUUUGAAGUCUGGUUACAGGAUGGAUCGACCAGAAAAUUGUUCUCAACCUAUGUAUGAUAUCAUGAUACAGUGUUGGAGUGAUGAUCCUUUAAAGCGACCAACUUUUACCGAGUUACGCAAGCUUUUUGAAGAAAUUAUUUCUCAAGGUGAUAGUUAUUUUAGUUUUGACAUCAACGAAGAAAAUAUUUAUUACAGCUUACUCUCAUUCCACAGCAUAUCGUCUGAAGCAAGUGAUAUUUCGGAUGAAGAAUAUUGUAAAGCGUCUAUUCUAGAAACAUCGUUUUAAGAAAUUUAAAAUAUAGUUAUAUAAUAUGUUAUUUUUAAAAUAUAGUUAUAUAUUA